ACUGAACCUGGGGGAGGGGGAAGGAGGAGGCUGGUCCUGACAGCCUCGGAGGAGAGAAAAGUGGUGAGAAGAAGGAAGAGGAGCACAAGCGAGAGAACCAGACUGUGCGGAGAGGAGCCAGGCCCAGCUAUAGCCAGGUGAAGGACGGAGGACCCAUCCAGCAAGCAGGGUGAUGCUGUUUUUCCUGCUCCACGGGACAUUGCUCGUUCCCUCUCCUAUCUGGCAGGCCCAUCGGAAUGAUUUGAGAUGAAGAGUGUACCAGCUUUCUGGACGACCAACUCUCCUCAGCAAACUUCAGCCCCAUUUGGCUCUGCUUGGACCAAGUUAAAUGUUCGUGGGGGUUCCGCCUGGCUCGGUUUGCAUGGUCGUGCAGAUCCAAGGCAGUGUCCCCUAAUGGGUGGAACAGAUGAAUCAGAGACCACAUGCGGGACAUGCAGAUUUGAAGCUGGCACAGCUGUGUUCUGAUCUUCAGCCCCUAAUUUAUCCAAGGGCUGGGAGCCCUUCUCGCCUCAACAGCUCUUACUGCCUCUGUACUGAACCCUCUGGCUUGGACCCCAUUAGUCUGGCCUGAUCACUGACAGCAGGUGCUGAUCCCAGAGCUUCUGUGGCAGCAGGAUCCCUAGGGUGGACUUGCCUUUGGGGACAACUUUGGUCCAUGCCCAACUGGUGCAGAGAAUGACAGCAGCAAGUUGGUAUCACCGGGACAUCAGUCGUGUUGUGGCUGAGGAUUUGUUGGCCAAAGCUGGGAAGGAUGGGUGCUUCCUGGUGCGAGACAGCGAGUCCGUGUCUGGGGCGUACGCCCUUUGCCUGCUGUUCCAGAGACACGUGCACACCUAUAGGAUCCUGCCCGAUGAGGAGGGGCUGCUAUCUGUGCAGACCAUCCAGGGCAUCCAAGCCAAAUGCUUCCGCACCCUGACUGAUCUAAUAGGGGCCUACCAGCAGCCCAACAAUGGCCUGGUGAUCCCACUGCUCUACCCUGUGAACAGAGCAAGAGAGCCAGUGGAUGAGGACUCUGAUGGUGAAGAUGGCAGAGCCAGCCACCCUCCAAGCUUGGUGCCUCACAGUGGGAACAUCGCGGGCAGCACCAGUGGGUGGGUUACCGCUCAGCCAAACAAGGCCCAGAUAUCUCAGCAGCUGCAGCUGAGGCUGCAGGAGCAGGUUCACAGCAGCCCGGCCAGCGAUUUCAUGGGAUUCAUGGCCGAGUACCUCAGCCACCACUUACAGCUUGACCUGGAGGCCCUGAGGAAUGGAAACCUGCAGCUGAAACACCUGAGCACAGCCUUAGUGACCGCCUGCCGUGGGCUGCACAGUGAGAUUGACUUCACGCUGGCUGGUUUAGAGACUCUGGCCAAAGUGUUUGACCCUCCAGCUUCCCCUCGGAGCCCCGUAAGAGAGCAGGGUCUCUUGGCCAGCGAUCCAGACCUUGAACUGCUCCUCAGCAAGAUCUCCACUGUCAACCACCUGCUCUCCUCUCUAGAGAAAAAGGUGCUGAAGACACUGCAGGAGACAGUGACCAAGCACAAACUGGCUCUUCCCAGUGUGGCUGUGGCGCACCCCCCUGCUGCCAAGCCCAUGGCUGUGCAGAACUUUGAGGUGAAAGUGGGCAAAACACAGAGGGCCUCCCUGACAGUGGACGUGGAGUCUGGGACAAUGGCCAUCACAAAGAGGGGCUGCAGCUCUCCAGAGGAGACCAUCUCUCAGGACAAAAUCUUGCAGCUGAUUAAAUACCAGAGCAUGCAGAGCAAAGUGAGGCUAGUGUAUGACAGAGACCAGCACAGAAGCCUGACCAGGGACUUCAUCUUCCAGAACGCACGGAAGCGAGAGGCCUUUUGCCAACUGCUGCAGCUCAUGAAGAUCCAGCAUUCCAACCUGGAUGAGCCAGACCUCAUUUCUGUGUAUGUUGGGACGUGGAACAUGGGCAGCGCUCCACCCCCCAGGUCCAUGGCUUCAUGGCUGACAUCAAGGGGGUUGGGACGGACUCAGGAUGAGACCACAGCUGGCAUCCCGCAUGACAUCUAUGUUAUUGGCACCCAGGAGAACUCGCUGGGGGACCGCGAAUGGGUGGAGUUCCUGCGAGCCUCUCUGAAGACCUUGAUGUCCAUAGAUUUCCGAGUGGUUGCCUUACAGUGCCUCUGGAGCAUCAAGAUUGUGGUGCUGGUGAAACCAGAGCACGAAUGCCGGAUCAGCCAUGUGAACACGUCAAGUGUGAAAACAGGAAUUGCAAACACACUAGGUAACAAAGGGGCUGUGGGCGUCUCCUUCCUUUUCAAUGGGACGUCGUUUGGUUUUGUGAACUGCCACCUGGCCUCGGGGAGUGAGAAGACACACAGGCGGAACCAGAACUACAGUGACAUUCUGCGCUCUCUGGUCCUGGGUGACAAGAGACUCAGCAGCUUUGACCUCACCCUGCGCUUCACCCACCUCUUCUGGUUUGGAGACCUCAAUUACCGCCUUGAUAUGGAGGUCCAGGAUAUCUUAGCUCAUGUGAACAAAAAGGAGUUUGAGGCCCUGCUGGCCGUGGACCAGCUCACCCUGGAGCGGGAGAAGAACAAGGUGUUCCUGCGAUUUAGUGAGGAAGACAUCUCCUUCCCCCCCACAUACCGAUACGAACGGGGCUCCCGGGACAGCUAUGUCUGGCAGAAGUUCAAAACCACCGGGGUGAGAAUCAACGUUCCCUCCUGGUGUGAUCGCAUCCUAUGGAAGUCACGCCCUGAGACUCACGUGCUCUGUAACUCGUAUGGCUGCACUGAUGACAUUGUGACCAGUGACCACUCGCCCGUCUUUGCCACGUUUGAGGUGGGAGUGACAUCUCAGUUCGUGCCUAGGAAAGCUCCUGGCUCCAGCCCCGAGUCCCUGGCCUGCAUCGAGUGGGACAGCAUCGAGGUGAUUGUGAAAACAGCCAGCCGCAGCAAGUGCUACAUUGAGUUCCAUUCCUACUGCCUGGAAGAGUCUCAGCGGAGUGGGGAGAACAGCUCCCAAAGCAGCGACAUCCCGGGCUUCCUCAAACUCAGCUGGUCAGCUAAACAGCUGCCAGUGCUGAGCCCAAUCCUGUCGGACCUGGAGUACCUGCUGGACCAGCACCUGCUCCUCAGCAUCAAGGGCAUGGACAGUUGCGAGUCAUAUGGUGAGUGCUGCAUUGCCAUGAGAUCUAUGAUUGGCAGCCUGGCCCAGCAGUUUGAGACUUUCCUCUUCCACCGGGGUGAAGAAACGGGCUCCAUGCGUGGCUGGAUGAAGGUCCGAGUCCCCAAGGACAGGCGGAGCACACGCGAGAGGCUCUACGAGUGGAUCAGCUUUGAGACCGACGAGACGGAGUCUGACUUCCCAACCCUCUCCAAGCCAGCUCUGCGUGCCGUCAGGAGCCGGCCCCUCAGCCUCCCGGAUGCAGCCAGCAGUUACACCAAUCCAGCCUAUUUCAUAUUUGAGGGGGUCCCCAACACCUGGGCACAGUGUCCCAGCCUGUCUGAGCCUCCUUACAGUCCGGCCAGUGACACGCAGGCUGACAGACAUCCGGGCCAUUCUCCAUGCCGCAGGCUGCAGAGCCUGACAGGAGCACAAGCCUACUCCUCCUCCAAGGAACAGCUACAGAGAAGCCCCCACUACCCUGUGUCCGAGACCACCUCCUGUGGGCACCAGCUCAGCCUCUCUCAGAUUGGGAGGCACAAGAGGCCCAAGUCAGCCAUUCUGAUGAGAGAUCCGCAGACAUCAGGUGAUUGUUCCCUCACUGCCCUGCACAUGGCCUGGUGCCUCAGUGAUGUGGACACAGAGCCCCCCAAGAGAGGAAGCUGCCUGGGCCCCAGCCAGCCAGAGGGCCGGAAGAACCUGCUGCGCCACACCCGCAGUGCACUGGAGCCACCACAGCAGAGCUGCUGGGAGGGGGCAAGGUCCCAGCGGGACACUCGCCGACUCAAUCGUGCCGGAGAGUGGCCCUGUGGCAGUGGUGAUCACCCCCGGAGCGUUGGCAGGUGGCUGAGUCGCUUGGGCCUGGAACAGUAUGAGGCGGGGCUGUAUGAAAAUGGCUGGGAUGAUCUGGAGUUCUUCAGAAAUAUCACUGACCAGGACCUGCUGGACGCUGGCGUGCUGAGCCCCACUCAUCGGAAGCUCAUCCAAGCCAAGCUCCAUGAGAGCAGCCCCAGGAGCCUGCAGCAGGGACCCAGUCUGAAACCAAACCCAUAAUGAAUCUGGCAUUCAGACUCCUCUGUGCCUUUUUAAUCUCCUCUGGACAGCUGCCUGGUGCAGGAGGUGGAGCGCUGCUGAAGAUGUUCUGUCCCUGGGACAGGGCCAAGAUCUGGGGUCACUGAGCUAAGCCUCUGGAUUGGAAAUAUCCCCCUUGCUGCCUUCCUUUGCAACCUUCACUGUCACUCUGAUGUCAUCGUGCAUAAUCUCCCCUGGCGGUAGCUUCAGAAAUGCCCUGUGCAUCUGGCUGAGACUCUGCCGAAGGCCUGGACCCAAAAGGACAUUUAGCCUUGUGGUGAAACUGGCCACAACCCCAAACUGUCUAGCCGGGUUCCAUGGAGGGGUGACUGGGAAUUCAGAGUAGCCAAAACGUAACAGGGGAGCCCCAGCAGCUACUGAGACUCCAGCACUAACUUUUCUUCCUUCCCUUUUUGAGCCACAGAAAGGGCCUGACUUCUCCUCUGGUGGGCAUGGAUCCUAAUGCUGAGCCCUGUUCCACUUACACCCAGCAUAGAGGCAUGAUACACUCUGAGCCAGGGGAGGUGGGAGCAACAGUCCAUGUGGCCACAUCGCACUGGAGCUGAGACUUUCCUUGUUGAGUCUGAUACAGCUGAUGUGGGUGGUGACUCUACAACCUGGGCUGGCUGGGUACCUCUCCCAGUCUCUGCCCACAUAGGUGCUGGAGCACCUGAUGUGCAUUGUAGCUUGGUCACAAGGGCUUGAUUUCUCUAGGGUCUGAACUGAACCUUAAAACAUCACAUGGAGGACAGAGCCCCAGCGCUGCAGCAUCAUGGGGCCUCCAAGUGCGUCACAGGGGAGAACACUCUAGUCUAAUGCACUUAUUAUGUAUGGACAACAGCUUCUCCGAGUCCAGCCACCCUUGGGGGCAGAGACCUGGUCCCUCUGUGGGAGAACAAGGCUGCUUGCUCUGUCCCUUAGAUGGCAGCUAGAUGUUUGCAGAGCACCCCACAUCCUCCUGCCAUGUGCCUUCAAUCACACUGUGUUUAGCUGCAGUUGCCACAUGGAGUUUUUAUAGGCUCCAUAUUGCUGGUUUCUCGUGAGAUACACUUUCUGUUUCAAUUAACAAUAAAAUCCCAAAGCUGCGAGGAAGC